AUGCCUAGAAAAGUUUUCGUAGUUGGUGUUGGUAUGACGAAGUUCGUUAAGCCCAAUAGUGGCAUGGAUUAUCCAGAUUUAGGGAAGGAAGCUGUCGAGGCAGCUUUGGCCGAUGCUCGUAUUAAGUACCAAGACGUACAACAGGCUAUAUGCGGGUACGUCUUCGGUGAUUCCACAAGCGGUCAGCGAGUACUAUAUCAGAUUGGCAUGACUGGUAUUCCUAUAUAUAACGUUAAUAACAAUUGCUCCACUGGUUCUAACGCACUAUUCCUUGGAAAGCAACUCGUAGAAGGUGGUGUUUCUGAUGUUAUUCUGGCUCUUGGAUUCGAGAAAAUGACGCCAGGUGCUCUAGGCAAUGGUACAUUUUCAGACAGAACGAAUCCUUUAGAUAGACAUACUCUAAAGAUGGCGGAUUUGGCAGAACUAACUGCUGCUCCUAUGACCGCUCAAUACUUCGGUAACGCGGGUGCAGAGCACAUGAAGAAAUAUGGUACUACUGAAGUGCAUAUAGCCAAAAUAGCAGCUAAGAAUCACCGCCACGGUGCCAAGAACCCAAGAGCGCAAGGUGGACGAGAGUACACAGUCGAGGAAGUGUUGAACUCUCGUAGAAUAUAUGGCCCACUAACAAAACUGGAAUGUUGCCCGACUAGUGAUGGGGCCGCGGCUGCCAUCCUUAUGUCUGAAGAGGCCGUCAUUCGUUAUGGACUUCAGAAUAAGGCAGUAGAAAUAAUCGGUAUGGAGAUGGCCACUGACACUGAGGAUGUUUUCAAAGAAAACAGUCUAAUGAAGGUUGCCGGUUAUGAUAUGACAGGGUUAGCGGCUAAAAGACUAUAUGAAAAGACAGGUAUAUCACCGAUGCAAGUUGAUGUUGUCGAGUUGCAUGAUUGUUUCGCAACAAAUGAGUUGAUCACGUAUGAGGGGCUUCAGUUGUGUGGGGAGGGUGAAGCUGGUAAAUUCAUUGACGCCGGUGACAACACGUAUGGUGGCCGAGUUGUAGUUAAUCCGAGUGGUGGUUUGAUUGCUAAGGGACAUCCCCUGGGUGCUACCGGCCUGGCCCAGUGUGCCGAGCUAGUCUGGCAGUUACGAGGAGAGGCGGGAGAUAGACAGGUACCCCGAGCUCGCAUUGCCUUACAACACAACUUAGGACUCGGAGGAGCUGUAGUCAUCACCAUGUACCGUAAAGGAUUCACCAAUGCAUCACCCAACCAGGUGGCCGCCAUCGCAGCCAAUCCUGAGAACUUCAAAGUAUACAAAUACAUGAAGAUCCUCGAGGAAGCUAUGAAGUCCGAUGAAGAUAAACUCAUCGAGAAAGUUAGAGGAGUUUAUGGUUUCAAGGUCAGGAAUGGACCAAACGGCGAAGAAGGUUACUGGGUCAUCAACGCCAAGGAAGGAAAGGGAAGUGUGAACUAUGACGGCAAAGACAAAUGUGACGUGACCUUCACAAUCAACGAUGAGGAUGUCGCUGACCUGAUAUCCGGUAAACUUAAUCCCCAGAAGGCAUUUUUCCAAGGAAAAAUCAAAAUCCAAGGUAACAUGGGACUCGCUAUGAAGCUGACCGAUCUACAGAGAUCCGCUGCCGGUAGAAUUGAAGCAAUCCGCUCCAAACUAUAA